CAUCUUUCCAUCGCUCCAUGCAUCCUCCAACUGCACUGUCCAUUGUGUUACUACAACCUCUCAUCCGCGACGAAAUUGCUGCAUGUCUCUCUCAGAGUGACCUUGCGUGCUGUACACGCGUUAAUACUGCUUGGAAUAUUGCUUUUGCACCAAGGCUCUGGAGAGAUGUUUUUCUCGCAAAUCAACAGAUCAUUUCUUUACUUCAAUCAUCCUCUGCAGCUCAACAGGGUCUUUGCCGCAACGCUGAGCAUGUGCGUUCAAUCCGCAGCUUUUUUUGCUACGCGUUUCAAUCUUUAGCAGGAAUAGAUGAGUUCCCCAAUCUAGUUCGUCUCGAUUCUCUUGCGUCAGAGCUCCAUAACAAGGGAAUUGUCGAUCACACAAAUACACAGCGGCUGCUACAAUUCGUUAAAAUGAACAUGAGUCUGCGAGAGAUCAUCCUUUCCAACUUUCCGCUUGCAAGCAUCAAGAUGUCCAAGCUCCUCGGUGAUACAAUUGCUCUCCAUCCUGGGCUGAUCAGCGUCACAAUCAACUGUUUUCGUGAGCCAAAUCUGCUCAGUAUCCAGCAUGUACUCCGUGGAGUCAUCGUUAGUAAGGUUGAGAAGCUAUCGCUAAUAUGUAGGGCAGAUAUCGUCUCCACACCAGAAACCAUCACGGGAAGCUUAGAUUACAACAAAAGCAGUAUCGGGCUCAACGUCAGCAGUAACAUAGGUCUAGAUAUUUCAGCGGAUGUGUCAUGUCAAGACUUACCAGAGGCACAUGUAGCCUCUGCGCUCAAAGACCUGAGGCUAGAGGCCAAUAUCGAACAUGUGCACUUCGAUAUAUUACUGUCAAUCUUAAGGACAUCACCCAAUUUAGAGCAUCUUUAUGUACCAUGUAUCAACACAGAUGAAUCAUUUCAAGCUCUCUCUUCCACCAUACAGGGAUACUGUCCGCGAUUACGCCACAUCACAAGUGGGUUCUCGCAUUCAAAGGACGAGCAUAUGGCCUUGCUGUUGAACUCAUGUUACUCUUUGAGAAGCUACAUUACGGAUAGCGAACAGCCACUAGGACCACUGACUAUCAACAGUUUACUCCAUCAUCAACAUAGUCUAACGUUGGAGCAACUAAGCAUCAAAUCGUGCAGCUCGAUCGCAAGCAAGCAUAUUCAGCUCAUUCUGACCACCUGCCCUAAGCUAACGUCGUUCGAGGCUUUGCCUAGUCAUCACUGGCAGGAAACCUAUAGCCCGAGACUAAACAUUAAGGACCUACCUGUCCAUGUAGGGAGUGGCCAACCAGCCUGGGUUUGCCUUGGGCUUCGAGAUCUGAAAAUUGGCUUCACGGGAUUUUCAGCUCUACCUGAUUCAGAGCCUGCACAUCCUUAUGUCGAACAUAUCUAUAAGCAACUUGCCUGUAUGACACAGCUGCGUACAUUGCACCUUGCAGGCGAGUUUGAUCUUCGAAUGCUCCAUCCAGAAUCAAAAGUCUGGUGUUUUGAUUUUACAUUAGCCAGUGGCCUUGGUCAUCUUGAGACAUUAACCAACUUGAGGACAUUGAGCGUUCAGAGGCUAAAGCACCAUCGGAUUGGAAACAAGGAAAGAGCAUGGAUGGCACAGCAUUGGUUGAACCUCACGGCAUUCUAUACAACACCUGCCCAUAUUCAAACUAGCCGCGAAGUAAGGCAGAAAGGAAGAGAUCGUGACAUGGGUCCAUUGAAGAAACAAGCUUUACCCGUGCUUUUUACAUUUUUCAAAGAUCUCUGGUCGUCAAAAUGAUGCUGCCCAAGUCCUUUUCAUUAUAGUCAUUAACCUGGGGUUUUUCUCUGCGAGUGAAGAUCCUAUCUCUCGAAGAGCGCUUUUGAAGCCCUUUGCGACUUUAGCAUUUGAGCUGGCAUAAUGAAAGCGCCAAGCUGUUGUACUAGCACUGGCAUCUUUUAGCGGGUCUCAACAGAGCUAGCAUUUACAUGGU